GGUCCCCGGUUUGAGCCCUGGCUAGGUCAGGUGGGCUUUCUUUGGCGUUUGCAUGUUCUCCAUGUCACUUAACUUUUUAAAUCCUACAUGCUAACCAGACAUUCAAUAGACAGUUUUUUUUUUAAAGAAACCAGCUUCCAAUUACAAUUCACUCAACAGGUUUGACCACUUUGGUCAGAACACUUACAAUGACCAGAAAUGAAAUUUGGCAGGAACUGGUUUUUCAUACUUAAACCCUGCCCUACUUUUUUUUUAAACCUACCCUAUAAGUGAAGGGUACCUUUGACUACUUUCACUUUGCAAACAGUGUCCGAGGCAAAUAGCAACUUUUAUCUCCUUGCAUUUGUUCUUAUAAACCUGAAAGAUAUGGUGUCUACAGGACGUCAGACAUUAGGCAUUUGCCUGGCUAUUAUUGGAUUUUUGGGAAGCAUUGUCAUCUGUGGCUUGCCCAACUGGAAAGUGUCAGCUUUCAUUGGAGCCAACAUCGUGACCUCGCAGGUCAUAUGGGAAGGUCUGUGGAUGAACUGUGUGGUUCAAAGCACAGGUCAGAUGCAGUGUAAGGUCUACGACUCUCUGCUGGCCCUUCCUCAAGAUCUGCAGGGUGCUAGAGCCCUGGUGAUCAUUGCCAUCAUCGCUGGGGUGUUUGGAAUUAUCCUGUGUAUUGUGGGAGGGAAGUGUACCAACUUUGUUGAAGACGAGGCAUCUAAGGCUAAGGUUGCCAUCGCCAGUGGGGUCAUCUUCAUCAUUGCUGGACUUCUUGUUCUUAUUCCUGUUUGCUGGACAGCGAACACCAUAAUCAGAGACUUUUAUAACCCUUUGUUGGUGGACGGCCAGAGGAGGGAGCUCGGGGAAUCGCUCUAUGUUGGCAUGCAAAUGUUGGCAAGUGCCCUGGCGCUACUGGGUUGGGUGGGAGCUCUCCUAUCCUGCAUCAUGCCCUUGUGGCGUGUGACGGCCUUUGUGGGAACCACCAUCGUGACCUCAGAAACCAUGUGGGAAGGCAUUUGGAUGAGCUGCGUGACACAGAGCACAGGCCAGAUACAGUGCAAACCUUACGAGUCCACGCUCGCGCUCACCACAGAUCUGCAGGCCGCCCGGGCCCUGAUGGUGAUGGCUAUUCUGAUCGGAGCAGGGGGUCUGGUUUUGGCUUUCGUUGGAGGAAAGUGCACUAUCUUCAUGGUCAGAAGCAAAAGCACCAAAGCUAAAAUCGCCACGGCUGCCGGUGUCUCACUAAUCGUCGCCGGGAUUCUCUGCUUGGUCCCCGUGUCCUGGUCGGCCGGCCUAGUGGUUAAUGCCUUUUACAACCCGCUGUUGACGGAUUCUCAGCGCAGAGAGAUCGGAGGCGCGAUUUAUGUUGGCUGGGGCGCAUCCAUCAUACUUCUUUUAAGCGGGGGGAUUCUGUGCACCACAAUCUGCACUGGAAAUACAGUGGAUGACGACGGCCCUUCGGUGAAAUACUUGGUUGUGCGUUCUUCGCGGGCAGGAUCAAGUAUGGCGGGUUCACAGAGGAUGAGGCCCCUCUCGGUGAGGUCUCUGCAGAACGGUGCUCCGUCUGUGCGGUCCCAAUGGAGUCAAAAAGCACCACCUUUCUAUUCCCAGGGCAGACCACCCUCCACAAUCUCACAGCAGAGCAAGCCAUCGACUACAAAGUCACAACUUAUGAGAGCUGAGUCAAUAGCACAGACUGAGGAAAGUGAGGGGGCGUCUACAAAGUACCAGUUGAAUGAAAAGGGUUUGGAUCAGACACUGGCAACCUCUGAACCUUAUGAGACAUCUGCAGAUCCUUCAAAGUCAUAUAUUUGAUUUACUGUAGGGGACCCUGUCCUGAAGAUGUGUUUAGAAGGGUCUUGCUUGCACUUGGACAACCACAAAUCUACCAUAAUAGCACUGUGAAGGACUGUUAUGUGCUUUUUUUAUUAUUUUUUUAUUGAAGCACUCUGCCUUGUAGAAGAGAGAAGUGUAGAUGAAUACAUUGUGUAAUUAAACAUGGAUGUUGUUGUUUUGUAUUGUAAUUCACAUAUAUAUUUUGCUUUCACCUAUAUUAUGUCCUAAAUAUUUGUAUAUUUACCCUAAAUAAUGUUCAUUUGUGACUGUAUGUGGUUUAAAGUUUUCCCUCACCUUAUGUGUUGUGAAUCCCAUAGGGCUGCUAGCGUAGUUGUCAUUUGUAAAGUGAGAGAUUUAAGGUGUCUUUUACAAACAUAUGGAAAUAUGUCAGUUUUAUUCAAAUUCCUUAUGAACACUUGAAUGGACAGAUUUCUGGUUAAAUCGUCUUAUAAAAGCACUGCUAUAAUCUUGGUCAUACGUAUCUCUUUCAGAGGUAUACAUGCUGGACAAUGGUUUAGUUGUAAAUCCCUUUAUUUUGAGGGAGGGGAGGAACAGUCUCCUCAUUGUUAGUCUUUCUUCUAUGUCAGCUUGAGCUCGGCACGAAACAACAGAUUCAGACCAAACCGGUUUUACAGAGAGUAUCGCCUCAUGAAAGCGUUUGCAUUUGGUCAGGGCACAGAGCAUUUGAAAAAACUGGGUUUUAGUAUGCGGUGGAGGGGGGAUUAUAUUUGUAUCUGCAUUGUCAA